AUGAAGCAGGUGCAGGAACGGUUGACUCUCGCUGCGCCCACCCCCGAAGUUUCAGAGAAGCCCUCUCCGUGGAAAGGCUCCUCGAACCUCGGUACCAUCAAGGUUGAUUCGCCUUCAGAUCCUACCGAAAAGCCAUCGGUCGUUAUAGAAUCGUUCGGUAAUGCCGACAGCUUCGCUCAGCUGACCUGCUCAGCCAAGUUCUUGAAACCGAGCCGGCCGCUGUCGUUUACCAGUCCACCUUCGUUUCCACCGCCGCCGGCCAAGUCACAGUCCAGGCUUCUAACGCUAUUGGAACGGACAAGCGACAAGGUGUACCUACUGCACUACCGAUUCGAGGUGACAUUCGGCCUCUAUGUCAUGGAACCAUUGGAGAGGGUUGCUUUCUACACCCUGUUUCUCGGAUUCAUCCUCGCCGUCCUCAUGCUGCUCUAUUACCUCCCCACCUGGACAAUUCGAGCGUGCCACCGACUAGCCUGGUAUCUCACCGGCGAUGCAUAUGGCGCAACGGCAUCAAUGCUAAACCAAGAAUCAAAGAAGUCCUAG